AGUACGUGUAAACCACCAUGCCUUCCGUAGCACAUUAACUCUCCUCAAUAUGGCCGAUUUCUCAACCACCAGUGCAACCUCCAAUAUCGCACCUUCCGCCUCUCGAUCAGCCCUUCCAUCCUCUUCUCCUAUCUCGGUAGAUCAUCAUACUCUUCAAAUCACACAGCAUAAGCUUACUGGAACCAAUUUUCGGGAAUGGUCACAGUCGGUUAUGUUGGUGAUGAAAGGGAAAGGUAAGAUGGGUUAUCUCACAUGUGGAACAACUCAGCCAGAUGCUGAUACAUCCGAGUAUAAUACCUGGGAUGCUGAAAACUCCAUAGUGAUGGCUUGGAUCAUCAAUUCUAUGGAGCCAAAGAUAGGGAGAACCUACUUAUUCUAUAAGAUAGCCAAGGAAGUGUGGGAUGCUGUUCAAAGUCUGUAUUCAGAUAUGGAAAAUACAGCACAAUGCUUUGAGGUAAGAUCGGCCUUAAAAACCACCCGCCAAGGUAACAACUCGGUCACUGAUUACUACAAUAUUUUAUCUGAACUAUGGCAUGAGAUGGAUCUAAAUUAUGAUAUAAACUGGGAGUUCAUAGAAGAUGGAGUGAAAUAUGCAAAGAUGGUCGAGAAGGAGCGGGUGUUUGAUUUCUUGCAGGGACUAAACUCUGACUUAGAUGAAGUCAGAGGACAGCUUCUAGGGAUAAAACCCUUCCCUUCCAUCAAGGAGGCCUUUGCUGAAGUAAGGAGGGAAGAAAGCAGAAAAAAAGUGAUGAUGCACACAGCAACUAAAGUUAACAAUCAAGGUGGAUCAGCACUUGCAGUCUCCAAACAAAAGACAACAGCACCUCGAGGAGAUCAUACAAGAGAUAAAUCUUGGUGUGAUCAUUGCAAGAGACCAAACCACACCAAAGAAAACUGUUGGAAGUUACAUGGAAAGCCUGCUAAUUGGAAGGGGAGAAACCAGAAUCAGAAAAGACCACAGCCAGCCUAUGCAGCAGAUACAGAAGAAGGUACAAGUGUCAUCCUAACUUCUAACCAGUUGGGGAAAUCCUGCAACAAGUUUUAAACCAAACAAGGGUUACAAAACCCACUGAUUCUGAAGAAGUAUCGAACCCAACAGCCUCCCAUGUGAAACAAGAUCCCUUUGUGGUAUGAUGGAUUACAAACGUUGUGAGAAGAAUAUAAAAGUGACUAUGGCAGAUGGCACAAUAUCACAUGUUGAAGGAGAAGGUUCGGUAUAACUAGAUGGUUUGUGGCUGAAAUCUAUUUUAUAUGUGCCUUCAUUAAAAUGCAAUUUGCUGUCUAUCAGCAAAGUUACUAGAGAU